GUAGAAAUCUCUGUAGAAGGAGGCAUUCUGGACUUCACCUCCUCAGAGAUUGUUGGAAACCUCGAUCGUCGUUCACUUCUCAAAUUCUUGAGGUUUCGAAACAUCCAUCAGCAUUGCCGUCGACCAUGGCGGACGACUCGGAAGAAGAGUUCACGAUGGAGGAUAACGAGAAAAAGAAGAAGAAACCUAAGCUAAAGGUGAAGCUAAGCAAAUCAAGCGCCAAACCGGACGCCGCGUCUUCCUCUUCCUCUAAACGGAAGAAAUCCGGAGACAAUGGCGCCAAGCCGGCUGCGAAGAAAGCUAAGACGAAUGGCGGCAAGCCGAAGAAGGGUGCACUGAAAGAGCUCGAUAAGACAGAACGCUUAGCUUUCGCCAUGCAGAGUUUUUUGUGGUGGGAUGCAGAUGAACCUCCUCCAGGCUGCCAAUGGCGUACGAUGGAACAUGCAGGAGUGGCCUUCCCUGAAACAUACGAGCCUCACGGUAUUAAAAUGAAGUACGAUGGUAAAGAGGUUGAUCUCACGCCUGCGCAAGAAGAGGCGGCUACUUUCUUUGCCGCCAUGGACCCGGAUGGUAUGCACUUGGGCAACCCCAAGACUGCCAAGAUCUUUAUCAGGAACUUCUUUGAUGAUUUCAAGACCGUCUUGGGCAAGAAGCAUGUCAUCAAGUCCUUUGAUAAGUGUGACUUUGAGCCCAUCCGUCAGCACUUGAAUGAGCAAAAGAUCAUCCGCAAGGCAAUUUCGGACCAAGAAAAGAAGGCUAACAAGGAGGACAGAAACAAGGUCAUGUUCAAGUUUGGGUAUUCCCUUGUGGAUGGGCACAUCGAGAAAGUGGGAAACUACAAUAUGGAACCACCAGGAGCCUUCCGUGGCCGAGGAGAGCAUCCCAAGAUGGGGAAACUCAAGUCUCGCGUUCUACCCGAACAAGUUUCGUUGAAUGUCUCUCAGUGUGCUGCAGUUCCUAUCUGCCCUGUUCCUGGACACGCUUGGAAAGACGUGAGGCAUGAUCCUCGUGGACAGUGGCUCGCCACGUGGAAAGAGAACAUCAACAAUCAGAGCAAGUACAUGCAGUUGGCUGCUCAGUCCUCGUUCAAGGGCAAGUCGGAUCGUUCCAAGUACAACAAGGCAGCGUUGCUCUGCAAGAACAUUGACAAGAUCCGCAAGUCUUACAAGAAGGAUCUCAAGUCGAAGGACAAGGAGACCAAGCAACUUGCAACGGCCACUUGGGUGAUUGAUCGGCUGGCCCUUCGUGUCGGCGGAGAGAAGGAUACUGAUGAGGAAGCUGACACAGUCGGUUGCUGCUCCCUUCGUGUGGAGCAUCUCCACAUUGACCCGAACGAAGAGGGGGGAGACAACAAGGAGAUUGAGUUGGAGUUCCUCGGUAAGGACUCAAUGCUCUUCAAGCAAACCAUUGAUUUUGGUUCCCAGCUUUACAACGAGAACUCCGGCAUGGGGAGUCAAGUCUACGAGAACCUCAAGAAGUUCUGCAAGGGAAAGAAGAAGACUGAGGAGAUUUUUGAUUCAAUCAAUCCCACGAUGCUGAACAACCACCUGAAGCAAUUCAUGGACGGUUUGAGUGCGAAGGUGUUCCGUACUUACAAUGCAUCCAAGACUCUCCAGGAAGAGUUGCGCAAGAAGGAAAAACUGGCAGGCUGGAGCAGGCUUAGCCCGGCUGAGAAAGUGAUCGAGUACAACAACGCCAAUCGUGAAGUCGCCAUCCUCUGUAAUCACCAGCGUUCUGUCAGUAAAGCACAAGAAACCCAAUUGGAGAAUAUCUCGAAUAAGAUAGACACGUUGAAGAAGCAGAAAAAGAUGCUAAAAGGAAUCCUCAAGUUCUUGAACUCAGGGAAGGACAACAAGAAAAUCCCUCUCAAAAAGUCGCAGGCUUCCAUGAAGGAGGAUGUCGAUAAGGCAUUGGCAAAGGCCAAGAAGAUGAAGGACAAGGCUUCGACCAACGAAGAGAAGAUCGCGGCCACGCAGGCAGACGAGAAAGCCAAGGAAAUGCGCCGCGAGCUAGCGGACUUCAAGUUCACUCAGGCGCACUUGUGGGAGCGAGUUCCCUCCAAGGACCAGGUGAUCAAGCGAAUCGAGACUUGGAAUGGAAAGAUCUCAAAGAUGGAAAUGGAUUUGAAGCACAAAGACGACAACAAGGAGGUGUCAUUGGGAACAUCCAAGAUCAACUACAUGGAUCCCCGUAUCACGGUUGCUUGGUGCAAGCGCAAUGAAGUCCCCAUUGAACGUGUCUUCUCAAAGACCCUUCGUGACAAGUUCAACUGGGCGAUGGCUGUUCCCCCUGCAUGGGAGUUCAGUGCGGAGAUCGGCUUGAUGGGCUAGUUAUAGUUUGUCGCUUCAGAUGCACACAAAGUACUAGUACUCAGUAGUAAGAGAGAGGGGUGAGGGCUUCUCUGUGAUCUCGUCAGAAUAAUCAUUCGUCAGAACAUUAACAAAACAUCGGAUUCCGUAGAAGAAAAUAUAAUAAGUGGUCUCUGUUUGGUACCGUACC